CUCGGGGUGCAGCAGGGACCGUGAGAUCGGCAGCCCAAGGAACAGCAGGGACCGGGGCACCGACAUCCCGGGAACCCGGGGUACCGGCGUCCCCGGGCAUUGCAGGGACCAUCACCCUGGGGCGCGGCAGGCACCCGGGGCACCGGCAUCCUGGGGUGAGAGGGCAACCGGAGCAGCGGCAUGCGGGGGUGAGCAGGGAUGGGGGCACACCGGAAUGAACGGGGAAGCGAGGCACCCACAUCCUGGGAUGCUGCUGGCACUCGGGGCACGGGGACUCUCCUCCCGGUCCCUCUGCAGGCGGGUGUAGGAGAGUUUCUCUCCCCGAAGCCUUCCCCUGGCGGGGGCUGCACCUCCCGGUCCCCAGGGAACGGGGCAGGGCGCGGGGGUCCCCUCCGGAGAGCUGUGCACCCACUGUGCGGGACCCGGGAGCGCAGGCUGGCACAGGGCAGGGCAUCAUCUGCAGCAGGCGCUGGGCUGCCCGCUCGCAGUAGAAAGCCGAGCUACGGGUGAUCACCACCCCGCACCCCGAAGCGAGCAGGGAGUCCCCCCCGCCUUAUCUGCAUGCCCAGCCCUGGGCAUUUUGGUGGCCUCUCGGUGUACAGCAGCAGCUUACGCGCUGCCUGCAGGGAGCAGCCAGCAGUGGGGAUCCCCCUUCCAUGCCUCCCCCCGCCUGCCUCGCAGACCCCCCCACCGCCGAAGGAAGCGCUUGGUUCUGAGCAUCCUCAGGCCGGAGGGUACAGGGACGCUCAACGAUGGGGACGGGGCUCUGCUGGGGCGCUUUUAGAUGACCAGAAAGCAAGCGUCUCCCCAGUCCUGCCCCAGCGCAUGGGUGAUGGGGACACCGUCCUGCAGGAGCUGGGAGGUCAGCCAGCCCCGCUCCUCCCCUCAGGUACCCCGCGGGGGACCCCCAGCCCCACCCCAGCCCCAUGGGCAUCCCGCACAGGACUUCUCCAGCGGUUUGCAGCCACCGGCCCUGCACCCCUGGGACGUGCAGGGUCACAAGCCCCGGGUGACAGGGCGUUUAGGACUGGGCUACAGGCAAAGGAUGAAGGGUCUCCUCCUUCUCUACGCAUUUCUAAUGGCUCAUUUGAGACAAGCCACACGACUCCCCGCUGGGAAGCCUCGCUGAGCUGUGGAACCAGCUCCCGCUCUGCUGAUCAUGGUCAACAAGACCUUAAAUUACUGGGGUCCCAGCUUUGAGGAGGACGUUAUCAACAUCAACGUGGGGGGUCUGAGAAGGCGGCUCAGCUCCAGCGCCCUCUCCAAGUUCCCCGACACCCGCCUGGGACGCCUGCUCUCCUGCGACUCGGAGGAGUCCAUCCUGCAGCUCUGUGAUGACUACGAUGUAAGCGCCAGGGAGUUCUACUUUGACCGAAACCCCGGUUUCUUCCUCUACGUGCUUCACUUCUACCAGACGGGGAAGCUGCAUGUCAUGGAGGAGCUGUGUGUCUUCUCCUUCUGCCAGGAGAUUGAGUACUGGGGCAUCAAUGAGUUUUUCCUGGACUCCUGCUGCAGCUACCGCUACCACGAGCGCAAACUGGAGAGCCGGCACCACAACUGGGAUGAGGAGAGUGAUGUCAGCAGCGUGGACACGUCCCCCGAUGAGAUCUCUGACAUCAACCAUGACCUGCUGCGCUACAGCACGCUGCGCUGCGGCAACAUACGCAAACGCCUCUGGCUCACCAUGGAGAACCCCGGCUACUCCAUCCCCAGCAAACUCUUCAGCUUCGUGUCCAUCAGCGUGGUGCUGGUUUCCAUAGCCACCAUGUGCAUUCACAGCAUGCCCGAGUACCAAGAGAUGGAUGAGAAUGGCAACGUGCUCGAUGAACCUGUCCUGCACAAGCUGGAGUAUUUCUGCAUCUCAUGGUUCACCUUCGAAGUGUCUUCCCGCCUCCUGCUCUCCCCCAACCCCAGGAAAUUCUUCAAGCACCCGCUGAACCUGAUUGACAUUGUCUCGGUGUUGCCCUUCUACUUCACCCUCUUGGUGGACGUGACCAUGGGCAGUGACUCGGAGCUGGGCAACCUGGGCAAGGUCGUGCAAGUGUUUCGGCUCAUGAGGAUAUUCCGGGUGCUGAAGCUGGCUCGGCACUCCACCGGACUGAGGUCUCUGGGGGCCACCUUGAAGCACAGCUACCGGGAGGUGGGGAUCCUGCUGCUCUACCUGGCUGUGGGGGUCUCCGUCUUCUCUGGUGUGGCCUACACUGCUGAGAAGGAGGAAGACGUUGGCUUUGACACCAUCCCGGCAUGCUGGUGGUGGGGCACGGUCAGCAUGACCACUGUGGGCUACGGUGACGUGGUGCCCGUCACAGUGGCGGGCAAGCUGGCAGCCUCGGGCUGCAUCCUGGGGGGCAUCCUGGUUGUGGCGCUGCCCAUCACCAUCAUCUUCAACAAGUUCUCCCACUUCUACCGCAAACAGAAGGCGCUGGAAGCCGCUGUGAGGAACAGCGGAAAGAAAGACCCCGAGGAUGUGGAGAGCACCUCCAGUCAUGACCAAGACUCAGAGGCUCUGAGCGAGACCUCCCUGGGCAGAGGCAGCCCCGACCGCCGCGGUCUGACCCCUGGCACCCACCCUGCACCCUGACACCCCCUGUCAGCCGCAGCACCAGGGCGCGUGUGGGACCCGCUUGCUCACCAUGAGCACGGCACAGCGGUCACACCGGGACACGGCGGAGGAGCCAGGCUCGCCCUGUCUCACACCGCGCCUGGCAUCGUCCCUGCCCUGUGAAGGACAGGAGGGGCUGGGGGAGAUGCCCAGUGGGUGCCGGCUGCUUCCAGCCCCCAGGACACCACAGCCAGGUCUGCCUGGACGUGUCUCAGCCUUCACCCAGCGAUGGCCCUGCUCCGCUGUGGCUACAAAUGGAGGCUGCGGUGCUGGACAUGCCCCUGCCAGAAAGGGAGUGAGAAAAAAAGAAAUACAGAUGACUCCUGAUCAGGCACUGCCCUGGCUGUGUGAAGGGGGAUUUUGCUUUGCCCUGGGGUUUUGUAUUGUCCAGGGUGAGGUUAAAUAGCCUGAGGGUGAGGCAGCCCCCGACCAGGCUGGCUGCCCUUGCAGGUCCUGUGCCAGGUUGGUACCAGCUCCAGUCCCAACCUUGUCCUACCCCCAGCUGGAAACAGCCUCGAAAGGCUCAGCUGCCCCACCAGCCAUGAGAGAAAGGGGGGUGGAAAUGAGUCUGUAUGGGAGGAGAGGUGAUGUCCAGCUCAGGGUGGGCCCCACUGUCCCAGUCCCUGCAGUGGGAUUGACUGGACCUCACCUUCCUUCCACUGCAAUGGGGGUUUCACUGUUGUCCUUUGCUGCCACCAUCGGGACCCCCCAGGAAUCUGGGGCUGGGGCUGUGCUGGGAGCGUGGCACGGCCAGGAGCACCGUCCAUGAAGGGGGGACACCAGUGGGGGAUGACCAGGUGAAAGGGACACUGUCAUCUGAGGCAGGAGCAGGAGGCAAUCAAGCUGGGGGAACUCCCCCCCAAGCCCUUCGCUCCAUGGGGCUCCCAUGCCAUGGGCCAUUUGUUUCAGGGCAGAGAGGAGGCAGAGGCCUUGCAAAGGGCUGCCAGGGAGCAGACAUAGGGGGACACUCCUGGGCAUGGGGAAGCUGCCUCUGCCAUUGCUGUAUGCUUGAGAUUUCCACUGUGGGAAGAGCUGCCAGGGAGCCCAGUGGCUGUGGCAGCCCGUGAUGGGGUGAAGAAGAUGACCGAAGCCAGCCGGGUUUGGCACAUGGCCUGGUCCCCCCCGCCACGACCCCCAGCCUGGCUUCGUUCUGCUGCCUCAUCCCUCCCUGCCUUGGGGCCGGGCAGGGGCAGGCGCGCUGUAAGGAGUGGGGGGGUCACACUGCCACAGGCAUCCCCUGUCCUGACAGGAGCUCCCCGGGUGCCAAGGCAGUCACCUUCCCUCUGCAGGGAGGGAGCACCCCCAUGUCCAUGGGAGAGCUGGGGCAGGGGGGACCUUGUGCUGCUCCUUGUCACCACCGUCUCUGAGCACCUCACAGCCGGGCCCCCUUCCCACCCAGAUCUCCCAGCCAGCUGAGCACAUUCGGGGCUGCUCCCGGCACAGCAUUAAUUCCCUAUGGAGUUUUUCCUUGACCCUUGGUUCUCUGUUUGGAAAUCGUGCAGCUCCUUUGUGCACAGAGGAAUACAUGCAGCAAUGCCUGUUCCCAGCAGGAGAAAUGUGCGCCCUGUAAUCACCUAAACAACUCAAAAAUAGGUUGGUGGCUACAGGAUGGACCCAGGCACCUGGAUCCUGGUGGUUGCAGCCUGUUGUCCUGGCUGGCUUUUGGCACUGCCACCGUUGCUGGUGCUGGUUCUGCCUGUAGCAAUCACUGAUGGGCGAGAAAAGGCAAAUCAAUGCCAGUGCGGGUCCAGCCUUCCUGACCCCCAUUGGGAUUCGAGGAGGGGUCCCCAAGCAGCAGUGGUGUGGGAUGGAAGGGUGCUCACACUCCUGGCAUCAUUGAGUCUUCCAGCAUGGAUGGUUUGUGGUCUGCUCUGCGCUCAUUCUUACUGAGAGCUGGGACUGGUGAGCUCUGUCGUCUGCUCUGACCAGCUUCCACUGCACUGUUACUUGAAUAAGGGAAGGAGUUUCCCCUUCUGUCCAUAAAUAUUCCAGUAGCAAAAUGUAUUAAAAUGUGAAGACUAAAUUACAUGUAUUAAUUAAAAAGCAUUAUGCAAAUAAAUAAAAGAGCAUGUAAAUUAAUUUUCUAUCUAUG